CGGCGGAUUUGAGCCGUAAAUUGAUUAAACCUUAAACCCUCGUUCUUGCCCAAAUCACUCCCUUUCUGCGUUCAGAGAAGCAGUUUCCAUGGAAACCAAAAUAGCCAAGACAAGACAAGCAAUUUCUGAUCCUCAUCUCCCAAUCACAACAAACACGCUCGACUUUGGCGAGGUUGCAGUUGGAAUCCUUCAUGAUGUUGAUUCAAGUGAGCCAACCAUGGGAGAGAAACUUGCUGCUCUCAGUUUUCCAGAUGAGAACAAAUUCAGGAGUGAUAAAGAGCAAGAUUCUUCUGCCCCAACUAAGCCUCCAAGUGCGGACUCUGUACAUGUUUUGCUUAGGCAAGCAUUAAAUGCUGAUGAUCGCACCCUUCUGCUAGAUUGCUUGUAUACGCAGGAUGAGAAGGUUAUUACAAAGUCAAUUGCACAGUUGAACUCACCAAAUGUCCUCAAAUUCCUACACUCUCUCAUAUCCAUUACCGAGUCUAGGGGUGCAAUUUUGGCAUGUGCUCUUCCAUGGCUUAAGUGUCUUGUUCUACAUCAUGCAAGUGUGAUAAUGUCCCAGGAAUCUUCAUUACAUGUUUUAAACUCAUUGUAUCAGCUGAUUGAAUCAAGAGUUUCGAGUUUUGAAUCUGCUGUUCAUUUGUCAAGUUGCUUAGACAUUCAUUACACAAGGGUUGUUGAUGAAGUAGUAGAUGAUGAUGUUCUAACAGUGCCAGUUAUCUAUGAGGAUGAUAGUUCAGAAGAAUCUGAGGAAUUGGAAACUGAUGAAGAUGACAAUGAUGAAGCAUUUGAAGGAUUCAGUGAUAUCGAAGAUAUUAACGAUAUGAUGAGUGAGUGAUCGUGUGCGCUCGUUUUUUUCUGAGAACAUUAGCUGUGGUACUUGUGAUUGGGUUUGCACUUUGCACAAAAUGAUGUUUUGUUGUAUAACCAAAGGAAGUGUCUUGAAGCACGGUGAAGAGGCCGAGGACUGUUUGCGCUUAUUUGCACACUCAUUUCGUCCCCCAACCAAACCACAGUUUUGCAUUGUAUUGCACUGACAGCAGACAAUCAUUUAUGGGAGUUCUAAUUUUUUUUAAAACCAAUGAGAUGUAUUGGUUUUUUUUAGAGUUUAAUUUUAAUAUAUGGAUAAUGUAAAAGUUUUUACAAAGAAAAAUCAUUGAGAAGUAUUAGAAACUACUUUUAAAGUUUAAUUAAUAUGACCUUUAAAGCUUACGGUCAGUAUUUCAAUUAAA